AUGAGGGUUAUGUCGUGUUAUUUUCGACGUUUCGUAAUAACAGCAUUAUUUGUCAUACUGCUGUUCUGUGUUGUUCAAAUUUUUCGAUCAGAAUUGGGCUUCAAUGACAAUGAUUUGUUGAAUCUGGAUAAACUGAUACGCAUGUCUCAAUUAAUUAAGAACACUGAGCAAUCUCAUAUUAUGAAAGGAGUUGUAGCUUGUAAGCUACCUAAAUUAGAUGUUUCUAAUCCAGAAAUUACAAAGUUUAUACAUGAUAUCCCUCCCUUGUCAUGUACACCAGAAGAUUGGGUUAUUCUUCAUGGUUCAAGACUAGUUAUUAGCAAUAAAGCAAAGAAAAAAUAUGGACCUAUGACUUGUUUCUACAGUGAAAUUCUGAGAGAUGAUGAUUACACUAUAUCAUUCACAACCCCUGUUGAAUCUGAUGAUUCCUAUGUUCUAAAGUACAGUGAUUUUGUUGAUGUAAAGUGUGAAUCAAAAACUGGAAAGGAAUGGCACAGUAUUAUGGCUGGAGUGAGAGAUGAUCCUGAAGUGAAAGAAACAAAUAAAUGGGAAAAUGUUGGAAAUCAAGCCCUUAAGCUAAAUAUACUUAUGUUUGGUUUUGAUUCUCUGUCAAGAAAUACAUUUAUACGCAAAUUACCAAAGACAUAUCAAUACUUAAAAGAAUAUUUAGAAGCUUUAAUUUUAGAAGGGUAUAAUAUAGUAGGUGAUGGGACACCACAAGCACUCAUUCCUAUUCUUACUGGGAAAAUUGAACUUGAACUUCCAGAUACUAGAAAACGCAUGGGUUCAAAAGCAAAAUAUGUUAAUGUAUAUCCUAUGAUAUGGAAUGAAUACAAAAAAAAUGGCUACAUAACAGGAUUCAUGGAAGAUGUCCAUCACAUUGGGACUUUCACAUAUCGUCUGAAAGGUUUCAAAGAACAGCCAACUGAUCACUAUAUGAGAACAUUUUAUUUAGCUGCAACACCAUAUUUUCGAUACUACAACAAAUUUUGCAUUGGAAGCAUUCCAAGACACAUGACAAUGUUGAAUUACAUCAAAGAAAUUUUUAAUGUAUACAAACAUCAACCAAAGUUUUUAUUUGGAUUUCAUGGGGAGCUUUCACACGAUUCCUAUAAUGAUAUAGGAGUAGUUGAUAAUGAUUUACAUAAUUGGAUUAAAGACUUACAUGAAUUUGGUCACCUAAAUAACACAGUGUUGAUAUUGAUGAGUGAUCAUGGGCACAGGUUUGCAGAAAUUCGCAAUACUCUACAAGGAAAACAAGAGGAAAGGCUGCCAUUUUUUUCCUUUGUCUUCCCCCCUUGGUUUAAAAAAGUUCACCCAGAAGCAUAUGCAAACUUUGUACAUAAUACACAUUAUUUAACAACACCGUUUGACGUGCAUAAAACGUUAGAAAAUAUAUUGAAUUUUCAAACACCAAAAGAUGGGGAUCGUUAUCAAAGAGCCAUUAGUUUAUUCGAUAAGAUACCAAUAGACAGAACGUGCGGGAAUGCAUUUAUAGAACCGCAUUGGUGCGCUUGCCUUAGUUGGCAAGAGAUCGCAAUCGACGAUGAUAAAACUAUUGCCGCUGCCAAAUAUUUGAUUCAAUUUCUUAACACAUAUACGGAAGGCCAUCACGACAUAUGUGAACAAUUAAAAUUAAAAGAAAUAUUGUGGGCCGCUAAACUCAUACCUAAUAAAGGUUUAUUGGAAUUCCAAAAAUCCGGAGAUCAAGAUGGUUUCGUUGGAGAUUUUAGUGCCAAAACAAAAUUAACUACUGAAAUUUAUCAGUUGAAAGUAAGAACAGAACCAGGAGACGGAUUAUUUGAAGUCAGUAUUACUUAUGAUAUAAAGAAGAAUACUUUUUCGACGAAAAUUUCAGAUAUUAGUAGAAUCAACAUGUAUGGAUCUCAAGCAAGAUGUGUGGAGAACUCUUUAUAUCACUUACGAAAAUAUUGCUAUUGUAAAGAUUAAACAAUUAGUGUUUAAUGAGUGUAUUUGAAAUGAUAGUCAAACUAAAUCUUAAGAAAAC